AUGUCUUCUCCGUGGCCCCUUAGAAGCGACGCCGCGUGUUGGUGGUGUUGUCACCAGUUCGACACCAUACCGAUACCCCUGCCGGUACACUACGACGAAGCGCGGAACGUCUUUCAAUGCAUGGGGACCUUUUGCUCGUUCGGCUGUGCAAAGGCUUUCAAUCUCAGUCGAAACAGCGUCAAGAGAGACAGGACGUGUACCCUACUCACGCUGUUUCGUAACAAGGUUAUCAAGAAAGAUGCCUCCUACCCAUUGUGGAAUUCACCUGACUCUUUCGGCAUAAGGGCGGCGGGCGACAGAUACUCGCUGCGCUUGUUCGGGGGGCCGAAGAGCAUAGAAGAGUUCCGCGAGGGGAUGGACGUGCUGGUCCACGAGUCCGAGGCAGACGCCCUCUCGAACGUUUCAGUGCAGAGAUCUAGAGAGGUGGGCGUCAUCUAUCAGCCGGAUCUGGGCCUCGAGAAUCGCCAAAAGUCCUUCCUCGAAGGUCACGACGAGUACGACACGACGGAAGCUUUCGAGACCAUCACGAGCGAAGGUCAUACUAGAAGAGGUAGAAAACGAAAGGGCGAAGCUACGGAAGCUAACACCAAAAGGGGUACUGCGUUGCUCGCUAUAGACGAGAAGAAGGAAGCUCAGAUAUUGUCUGAUAUUCGGGAGGGUACGGCCAUAAAGAACCAGCCUUACAAGUUGAAGAGAUCCCUGCCUCUCCCCAGAGAGAACAGCACUCUCUUCUCGACGAUGAAGAUCGAGAUCCAACCGAGACCUGGUUACUCGCGCUAG